ACCAAAUAAAAGAAAGUUUUGAUAUAUUUUGAAAAGAAAGAAAGACGCAACUUAUAUUUCGAUCUUCGAUACUAUCGAAAUCUAACUCGACAACCGCGCACCGGAAGAUACCUCCUUUUCGACUUCCUGCUAUAGUCGCGUUGUGUUGGGGAGUGAUCAAAAUGCCGCCAAAAAGGGGAAAGGUACAAAAAGAAGAAGUUCAGGUCUCUCUUGGACCCCAACUUCGUGAAGGCGAAGUUGUUUUCGGUGUUGCUCACAUUUUUGCGAGUUUCAAUGAUACCUUUGUUCACGUAACCGAUCUUUCGGGCAGAGAAACCAUUGCCAGAGUUACUGGUGGAAUGAAAGUUAAAGCAGAUCGUGAUGAAGCUUCUCCAUAUGCUGCUAUGCUUGCUGCUCAGGAUGUAGCAGAGAAAUGUAAAUCCCUUGGAAUCACAGCACUUCACAUUAAAUUAAGAGCUACAGGAGGAAAUAAAACAAAGACACCUGGUCCUGGUGCACAAUCAGCUUUGCGAGCACUCGCACGUUCUAGCAUGAAAAUUGGUCGUAUUGAAGAUGUUACACCAAUUCCAUCUGAUUCUACACGUAGAAAGGGUGGUCGCCGUGGACGCAGAUUGUAAAUUGUGGUUCUAUGCGUGGUUUAUUAUCUUUCAAAAAUAAAUAUUUAAAAAAGGA